CCGUGGCAGGGCGCGAGGGGUUGGUUGUGUUGCGUUUCCAAGGGGAAGCCGGAGCGGCGCUGCUGGGCCCGAGUCCCGGCGGCGGGGGAAGCCAGCGAGGCCCGGCCCGGUCUGGUGUGGCCGGCAGCGCGGGCGGGACCAUGAGCUUGGCCUUGAGGAACGAACUUGCAGUAGACAAAACUAAAAGGAAGAAAAGAAGAGAACUGACUGAAGAACAGAAGCAGGAAAUUAAAGAUGCUUUUGAACUGUUUGAUGCAGACAAAGAUAAAGCAAUAGAUUAUCAUGAAUUAAAGGUGGCAAUGAGAGCCUUGGGUUUUGAUGUAAAAAAGGCUGAUGUGCUAAAAAUACUUAAAGAUUAUGAUCGAGAAGCAACAGGAAAAAUCACAUUUGAAGAUUUUAAUGAAGUUGUGACAGACUGGAUAUUGGACAGAGAUCCACAAGAAGAGAUACUCAAAGCAUUCAAAUUAUUUGAUGAUGACGAUUCAGGUAAAAUAAGCCUGCGAAACCUACGACGUGUUGCUAGAGAACUUGGUGAAAACAUGACAGAUGAGGAACUGCGGGCUAUGAUUGAAGAAUUUGAUAAAGAUGGAGAUGGAGAAAUCAAUCAGGAAGAGUUCAUUGCAAUUAUGACUGGAGAUGUUUAAAAUCACAAGAAAAGAAGUGAAUUCAGCACAAAAAAGGGAGGAUUAUUGGCAGUUAACAUUUCAGUUGCCCCAUUAUGUUUUUAUUUCUUUUACUGGAUGCAUUCACAAACAGUUUUUCCUCACAGGACCAAAAGAAACACACAUCUUACAUACUGAUACUUCAGUAUUUUGUAACUGAAUCCUAUCAUUAGAAUAAAUGAUACACUCUCAUUUUAGAAUACAGUGUUAAGUUUCUUAAAUGUUUAAGUACCCAUUUGUAAAAUAGCUUUGUAUAAAAUUUCUAAAUUAAAUCAUAUUAUAAAUUUUUUUGAAGUUGACUUUAUGUUAGCAUUAGCUGUGGCCUUAGUUUUGAUAUAUAAAGGUUUGACAAACUUCAUUUUAAUAAAAAUGUUCUUUUAUUGCA